UCGGUUACUCCCAUUUUUCCCAUCUGAAAUUUUUUUUUUUUAAAUGAUUGUAAAUAUUUAAAGAACAUUUUCCAAGAAGAAUUUUCUCAGAAGAUGCAGGGACGACUUAAACGACACCAUUUACAUCCUUUUAUUAGAUUGUCAACGUUUACCCACUUCUGUGUCCUGCCCAGUACAUGUAGCAAACUUUCAAAGAAUCUUCCUUCUGUUUUCCCCCACUGUGUACUUCUUUACAAAUAUCUCCAGUGGUUAGAGUUCUCAAACAAAGAAAAAAAAAACUAGGAGGUUUUGAAGCUUGCAAUGAAUUUGUCCCAAAACAAAGAGGCAAUUGAGAAAAAGGAAGGAAAUCUUGACCAAGGAGAAGAUGAGAACAAGGACCUGGAGACUCAAGUGCAUGAAGCUUGUCGAACGGGGAAUGCUGAGGACUUAAAGCUGUUACUGGAUGCCGAUCCUGAGGUAGCUAGCAAGCUUAACACUAAAGACAAGAGUGCACUUUCCUUGGCUUGCAGCCAUGGCCACCUUGAUAUGGUGAAGCUCUUGCUCAAUGAGCCUGGGAUGCUUGGUUCAGGCAAAGAUGGAUUUGAUCAAACAUGUAUCCAUGUGGCUGUUUCUGGUGGGCAAAUAGACGUUGUUAAAGAGUUGCUCGGAGUGUGUCCUGACCUUGCUCGUAUGGUUGACGAGAAUGGAAAUUCGCCGUUACACUACGCAGCCAGCAAAGGACACAGAGAGAUAACCUGGAUGCUCUUGAGGCUUGAUCCAAAACUUGCUGAGCAACACAAUAACAAUGGUCACACACCACUGCACUUGGCAGCAAUAAAUUACAAAGUUUCAGUCCUUCAAAUGUUUGUGUCCAUGGCUAAACCAUCUUUCCAAAUUGUCACAAAAGCCGGAGAGAUGGUAUUUCACUUGGCUGUGAGAUAUGGCCGAUAUGAUGCCUUGGUGUACUUGACCCAUGUCUGCAACGAUAUCGAGUUCUUUGAUUGUCGAGAUAUUUAUGGCAACACCAUCUUACAUCUUGCAGUUUCUGAAGCACAACAUAAGAUAGCUGAGUACCUAAUCAGCAAAAAAAAAGUGGCACUUAAUUCUCGGAACAAUAAAGGAAUCACAGCACUUGACAUCCUCAAUGAGGCCAAGGACAGUGUAGAAAAUCGGCGUCUUGGAGCUAUGCUCGUAAAGUCAGGAGGUGAAACGAGGAUUGAGCUGUUAUCUCAUUCACCAAAAGUAGAAACAGCCAGUGCUCAGUCAGUGGUACUUGAAAACAUGCAGAAAAGAGCUCAAUUUGUUAAAGAGCAUGAAUUGCAGUUAGCCAUUAUAAAUGAAGUAGCUUCCCCUGCAUCCAAGACCCCAUCUAGUUUAUCACCACCCAAGUCUAGAAAGCCAUCUAAUUUGCCAUCACCUCAAUCUAGCAAGUCAUCGCCUAAGCUGCCAUCUCCGCAAUCUAGCAAGUCAUCACCUAAGCUGCCAUCUCCACAAUCUAGCAAGUCAUCACCUCAACAUCAAGUUGGGGAGGGAUUUGAUUUUGAAACACAAAAUGCAGAGCCCUUGUUGCCAACCAUUGUGAGGCAACACAAGCAUCCUAGCAAGAGGCACCAGACCGAACUGAGUCAGAUUUUCUACAACCCGCGAAGGAAACAUCAUAAGGUAUAUACAGAGGCACUACAAAAUGCCAGGAACACUAUAACACUAGUUGCCAUUUUGAUUGCAACGGUUACUUUUGCUGCUGGUAUCAGCCCCCCUGGUGGUGUCUAUCAGGAAGGACCAAUGAAAGGGAAGUCAAUUGCAGGUAGAACAACUGCUUAUAAGGUCUUUGCAAUAAGCAAUUAUGUUGCAUUGUUCACAUCACUGGCAAUAGUCGUUGUUUUAGUAAGUAUCAUCCCGUAUCGGAGAAAGCCAUUGAUAAGCCUAAUGGCGUAUGCUCACAAGGUCAUGUGGGUAGCUGUGGCAUUCAUGGCGACAGCUUAUGUUGCAGCAACAUGGGUGAUCAUGCCGCAUAGUCAGAAGAAAGAAGUCGUGCUUGUAGCUUUAUUGGCUGUGAGCAUUGGCACUCUCGGAACAAUUUUUAUUGGUCUAGGUGUAAUGCUAGUUGAUCAUUGGUUGCGGAAGUCGAAGUGGAGAAAAGGAAGAAGAGAAAGAGGGUUGGCUAUUGAGGAUCCUGAAAUGGGAAGCCCAAACUCAGAUGUUGAGAGCACCUACAAUCAGGGAUACCACUCAUACUGAAGCUUUUGUUUUCCUCUUAUGCUUUGCAAUCACCUGAAAUCUCUUUGUGAGCAUGUUGAUGUACUUGCUAUAAGCUUUGCUUAGAAAAGGUUAAUUCUCUAAUUAGAUUGUGAGUAUAUCUAACCUAUAGAUUGCCAUAGAGUUGAGGUAUGGUGACUCUAAGUCCCCUCAAGGUGCUUUGUAAAAUACAAUUGUGUUGCUGCAUGUUUCCUGCUAUUGUUGAAUGCAAUAUUCAUACACCAGUAGCUAGAUUUUAUGCAAAAUUCUAUAUACAAAGCCUUGAGUAUGCCGGAAAUAUUUUGUCCCAGCUUUCAUGGCACAGCCGACAAUAGCUGAAAAAAAGCUCCUUCCCUAUCUAACAAGGAAAGGUCUGUAUCCCUCCAUGUGUGUUUGAUCAAUCUAUAUUUCCUUGGUUCCAGCACUGGAGACUUCUGAAAGAGGUGCUCCAAAGCCACUUGUUUUUAA